AUGGCUUCCGCACCAAACGCCAACGGCGAUGCCGCCGUGUCCGACUACGACCUGAUGCUCAAGCUCGCCCAGAAUCUCGAUCGUCACAUGAUCUUCCCUCUUCUGGAGUUCAGCGCCGGCCAACUAGUCGAUGAGGAGAGCGGCGUUGUCAGAGAUGAGGCCAAGGCGCGCGAGAUCACACAGGCCAAAUACUCGCUACUCAAGAACUCCAACAUGACCGAUUACGUUGCCAACCUCUACUGCGAGCUCGCUGGCGUCGAGGAGCCCCCCGCGGAGUUUGCCGACAAGAAACAAAAGGUGUUCAGCCAGCUCCAAAACUUAGAGCAGCAGACCAGCAAGAUUAUCGAGCUAUUGGAGCGGGAGGAUGUGGUCAACAACCUUAGAAGCGACAAGGUUGCCAACUUGGAGUUUCUGAAGCGGGAACAUCAGGUCACGAUGGAUAUGGUCAACGCCCUCUUUGAUCUCGGCAACCUCCAAUACAGCUGCGGCAACUACGGCGACGCAUCCGAGAUGCUGUAUCGAUUCCGCGUUCUCUCGACUGAUAACGACAAGGUAGCGUUUGCGACAUGGGGUCGGCUGGCCUGUGAGAUCCUCACCAUGAACUGGGAGUCGGCAAUGGAGGAGCUCGUAAAAGUGCGCGAGACCAUCGACACCAAGUUGUCGCAGAACCCGCUUGCUCAACUGCAACACCGGACCGCCCUCACCCACUGGGCCCUGUUCCCUCUCUUUAACUUCGAGAAGGCCCGCGAGCCGAUCCUCGAGUUGUUCUUCAACGCCGGCUACAUCAACACCAUCCAGGCCAACUGUCCCUGGAUUCUGCGGUAUCUCGCCGUCGCUGUCAUCACAAACCGUGGGCGCGCAAAGAAUCCUGGCAUCCACCAAAAGCAGAUGAAGGAUGUUGUGCGCAUUGUGAAGCAGGAGGCGUACGAGUACCAGGACCCCAUCACCCGCUUCGUGCACGCCCUGGCUAUCGACUUCGACUUUGAGGAGGCCCAGCGGCAGCUCGUGCUGGCCGAGGAGGUCCUCCGCAGCGACUUUUUCUUGCUCGCCCAUGCCGACGAUUUCGUCGACUCGGCGAGGCACCUGAUCUUCGAGAGCUACUGCAAGAUCCACGCCCGCAUCUCGCUGAAGGAUCUCAGCGCGCGGCUGGGCCUCAAUGCGGACGCCGCCGAGAAGUGGAUAGUUAACCUCAUUCGCGACACCCGGCUUGACGCAAAGAUUGACUAUAAGGAGGGCACAGUCGUCAUGAACCACCCGCCAAGCUCCGUAUAUCAACAGGUCAUCGAGAAAACGAAGGGCGGUUUCUUCAGGACCCAGGUCCUGACUGCGGCGAUUGCGAAGUAG